AUGUACUUAGCACGUCUCUGCGACGCUAUUUUUUUUUCGGUAUCGUCCCUAAUCUAUCUAUCUAUCUAUCUAUCUAUCUAUCUAUCUAUCUAUCUAUGGGACUACUUGUUCAUAUCUAUCUAUCUAUCUAUCUAUCUAUCUAUCUAUCUAUCUAUCUAUGGGACUACUUGUUCAUAUCUAUCUAUCUAUCUAUCUAUCUAUCUAUCUAUCUAUCUAUCUAUCGCUGUCAUUAUCUAUCUAUCUAUCUAUCUAUCUAUCUAUCUAUCUAUCUAUGUGACUACUUGUUCAUAUCUAUCUAUCUAUCUAUCUAUCUAUCUAUCUAUCUAUCUAUCUAUCUAUCUGUUUUUAUUCACUCCUAUCUAUCUAUCUAUCUAUCUAUCUAUCUAUCUAUCUAUCUAUCUGAUCGCUUCCUUCUUUCUUUCGUUCGCUUCUUUCUUUAUAUUCGUAAUUUUUCUUUUUGUUCAUUUUCCUUAUUUUUCUGUUAUUUUUGUUUGUUUCUUUGUUUUUGUUCAUUUCUCUUUUUCUUUUUCUUUCUUUCUCUCAUUUUAUAUUUUUGUACGAUUCUUUCUUUCUUUCUAUUAUUUUAUAUUUUUUACGAUUAUUUGUUUUUUUCUUUCUUUCUUUCUAUCUCUCUUUCUUUCUUUCUUUCUUUCUCUCAUUUUAUAUUUUUGUACGAUUCUUUCUUUCUUUCUUUCUAUUAUUUUAUAUUUUUUACGAUUAUUUGUUUGUUUGUUUCUUUCUUUCUUUCUUUCUCUCUUUCUUUCUUUCUUUCUUUCUAUUAUUUUAUAUUUUUGUACGAUUCUUUCUUUCUUUCUUUCUUUCUUACUAUCUCUCUUUCUAUCUCUGUUUUUCUCUAUUAUUUUAUAUUUUUGUACGGUUCUUUCUUUCUUUCUUUCUUUCUUUCUUUCUUUCUUUCUUUCUUUCUUUCUUUCUUUCUUUCAGGGCAGACCAAGAAGGCUUGAUUUCUAUAUCCUGAUUCCCCCUCUCUCUUUUUCAAUCUAUCUAUCUAUCUAUCUAUCUAUCUAUCUAUCUAUCUAUCUAUCUAUCUAUCUAUCUAUUCACAAUUCUCUCUGUACGACUCAUACCUUAAAACUAUAUUUUAUCAUAUCUAUCUAUCUAUCUAUCUAUCUAUCUAUCUAUCUAUCUAUCUAUCUAUCUAUCUAUACAAAUCUAUGUAUGUAUGUGUCUAUUUAUCUCACCCUAUUGAAAUCUAUCUAUCUAUCUAUCUAUCUAUCUAUCUAUCUAUCUAUCUAUCUAUCUAUCUAUCCCAGUCUGUACAUCAUCAUCAUCAUCUUGCGGCCUCAGCCGAGAUUGAACUCACUAUAA